ACGUAACUCGUGUUGAAAUGAAUAUUUCAUCAUCAGUCAUAUGUAUUUUUGCGCUUUGAUGAGGUCUGCCGAGUGAAAACAUUACGAAACCGUUUCGACGAAACAAAUCAAGUAAUUAUACUAGAAAAAAAUCCGAAAAUGUUUCCAUAUGAUUGAACAACUUUGAAAAUAUUUAUUUCUAUAAUGAUUCUAUAUUUCCCUCUGUAGAUCUGAAGAUAUAAAUGUUGCGGGUGAGUGAAUAAGCCAUCUCAUUCUUGCACAUUACAUGGAAAAAAUCAUUCCAGAAUAUUCAGGUGGACCACUACAUUUGUGAAGCAGUUAAUGAGAGGAAUUCUCAAACUCACAAUUUGUUUUGUUACCCAGGUAUUCUGAUUCUUCAUUAUUAUUUUUCAGAACCUUCCGAGGUUAGGAAUAUAACAUAUACGAAUUCAGCCCAUGGGCUGAAUAUUUCUUGGAUCGAACCAAAACAUAAAAAUGGGAAUAUUCAAUACAGAAUAGAGACGAAGUUACUUCAUAGAGUUCCUUGUACUAUUGAAAGAAAUACCAUCGUCGAUCCAGGAGUUGAAGAAGUUGCCGCGACGCCAAUGAUAAGCUUAUAUAGUUUGAAAUCAUAUUCUUCAUAUGGAAUAACUAUUCGAGCUUUCACAAGUUUUGGAUCAGGAGACCCAUUGACAGUUAAUGCUAGUACUUUGCCAUCUGAGCAAUUAACAGAUAAAGAGAAGAUGUCCAUAGCUUCACUGGAACCAUACCAUGAGAGUGCUAGCAUCGGGCUGAAUGAAUUGAGCUGUGAGGAUCUGGAGGGUCAGAUAUAUAUCAGGCUUCAGGCUUCUUGUGGUCACGAAUGGUGUGUUAAUACUACAGCAGUGCAAGAUUACACUUAUAAUUUCAACGGCCCACAUUAUAUUCUGAAUGGGUUGUUACCAUUUUCGAAUUAUACGGUAUUCUUGGAGGGUUCGAGGAAUCCUAAAGCGAAGGAUUGGAUCGGAAUGGAAUCUAAAACUUUUCGAACUAAAGCGACCGUUCCAUAUACGGUAUCAAUAAUUGAAGCUUACUCAAAAGAGAUGAAUUCAGUUUCUCUUCGAUGGCGAUCCCCUUACCCCCCGACUGGUGUUAUAGAAAAGUAUAGGAUUCAAUACAGCACAUAUCUGAAAAAUUACCAGUUCGAAAUUAUAUCUGAUCCAACCCCUUGCAGGUUAUGGCCUGACUUCCAUUGUGCAGAUAUAAAAGAUAAGAUAUGGGAGAAAUAUGAAUACUAUAUUACGGCAACGAAAAAUAAGGGAAUUCAUCAAUAUGGAAAAAGUUCAAACGGAAUAACAGUAGCCAUUAAGGCAGAAGCACCCCAACCACCCUAUCAAGUUCAUCUUUCGUGGAAAGAAAAUAAUGAUUUGAACAUUUCAUGGUACCAUCCCAAUGUGACCAAUGGACUGUUGAAGAGUUUUGAGGUUCAGUUGGAAUCCGCAAACCAGAAAGAAAUAAGUUAUUACCGAUUACCAUCACAAGAAAACUACAAACUGGUCUACUUCUAUCUGAUCAAAGCAGCUUCACUCGAGAUGUGUACGAAGUAUAAAGUAGCAAUAAGAUCUCAAAACGAGCAUUUCCCCAGCAUCUUCACACCUUCACAUGACAUCAUUACGCCUCCAGCAUUGCCUGCAGACAUUCCCAAAGAAAACAUACACUACAACAGUACCAACACCACCAUAACCAUCAGAAUGGAGUUUCGAGUAUACGAAGACAGGUUUCACAACGAAACCAUUUAUAUCAUUGUAUCCAAGUAUGGAGAAACAGAAGACUUACUAGAAUUUACCAAGAGCUUGCAGGAUGGAAGGGAACCCGUCUUGCAAAAGUCCAAAGUAGUAUUGAAAUCAAAAGGAAUGGACUAUCCAAGCAUUUUCGUGAUUGGCGAACAAUUUAUGAAUUCUACUAGUCUUUCUAACCCACCUUUGGAACCUGGCACCAAUUACAGUGUUGCUUUGAUAUUCGUAAACGAGUGUUACAAUGUGAGGAGGCUAAAAAUGAUACAGGAAUACAUGAAAACGAUAGGUGAUGAUGAAGACAAAGACGAUGUGAGACUCUGGGCGCUGAUUCUUCUUAUGUUCAUACCUUUGUCAGCAUUUGGAUUUUGGUAUAUUAAACAUAAGCCACAGUAUGUUGAAACGACAGUAGGACAAGAAAGAGAUUCGCACUUGUAUGAAGAACCAUUGAAUGUGCAAAUAUAUGAAAUUCCUUCGAGACUCAAUGCAGUAAUUCCAAAGGAAUCCGUACCCACGUACCUAGAGGUUCUGCGAACAAAAUACUCGAAGAAGAUAAAAUUGGUUGAUUUUGUGGACUAUGUUAAAGUAGCAGUAGGCAGUAUGGAAUUGGAAAAUCAGCAUGAUCUGUUUCCCAGAGGAUUAUUACAAAAAUGUGAACGGGGAUCAUUGACAAAAAAUAAAUCAAAGAAUCGGUACCAAAAUAUCAUAGCAUAUGAUCACACCAGAGUGGAGCUUGAAGAAAUUCCUGGAGAUGAAUAUUCUGACUACAUCAAUGCAAAUUAUAUAGACGGUUAUGGAGAGCCGAGGGUUUACAUCGCUGCACAAGGACCAAAAAGCUCAACUUUGACUGAUUUUUGGAGAAUGAUAUGGCAAGAGAAUGUGAAAAAUAUUGUAAUGCUGGCCAAUAUUGUUGAAAACGGACAGGAAAAAGUGGAGAAAUAUUGGCCUGACAUCAAUGAGACUACAAACUAUGGCGGUAUCAAGGUCAAAUUCGUGUCAGAAAAGGUUUUUGCCAAUUUUGACUUACGUAUUUUCAUCGUCAUCUACAGAAAGGAGCAACGUCAGUUGGAGCAGUUACACUUCACUAGUUGGCCGGAUCAUGGGGUACCACUAUAUCCACAAACUCUGGCACCAUUUCUUCAAAGAAUGUUGAGAAUUCCCUAUAACCCACCGUCUCCCAUCUUGGUGCAUUGUAGUGCCGGCGUUGGUCGUACAGGCAUCAUCAUCCUGUGCGACAUUUGUCUGCGCAUGGCUGCUGGAGAGAACGCCAUGGAUUUCCUAGCCUACUUAGAAAUUCUGCAAGAACAACGCCCUUCUAUGUUAGAAAAUGCAGAACAGUACACAUUUGCCCAUUUGGUGGUGCUAGAAUGCCUUUUUAGCAUGCGCACAGCGGUGCCAUGUUCCAAGGACAUGGAACAUCUGGUGGAUAUGGUUCUGCAGAAUAACGGGGUAGCUCAGCAAAUGAAAUACCUUGAAGAGACUAAGUGGCAGGACUCCAUAAUGGAAACGAUAAUGAAGAGAGGCACGAACAUUUCAAUUCAUGCUGAGAAGAACAGGUCCCAAGAGAUCGUACCAGAACGCUACAGAGUGUUCUUGGCGCCUUACCCCGCAAAUGAUCCGAAAUCAUCAUAUAUCAAUGCAGUUUUGGUAGAUGGUUUUCGCAACCCGGGCAGGUAUAUCGUGACGCAGCAGCCAAUGCCGAACACUCUGGGAGAUUUUUGGAGACUAGUGAUUGAACGUGGGUGCUCCGUUAUCAUCAAUCUGAACUCAGUGAAUCCGAGAGACAAGAGUUUGUGCAAGUUUUGGCCAACAGAAGGGGAUGACAUGACUCCUGUGGAUUUUUUGAUUAUUCGACAUGUCACCACGAAGGAGUUCGAAUGUUACAAAAUCGUAACAGUCUUAGUUGAAGUAGAUGAUUCUAUGGAGGAAUUUUCAGUGGAUAUCAUAUCAAUGAAAGGGUGGAAACCUGGUCAACUACUGCCGAUCAAUAUGGAAGAAUUCUUGGUUUUCAGGGAUGCUGCAGAUGCUAUAUCCAGGAAUUCAAAAAAUGUCAUUGUUACUUGCUAUGAUGGUGCAACUGCUUCCGGCUUAUACUUGGCGAUGUCAUUCUUGAUAGAGAGAAUGAAACUAGAACAAGAAUGUGACGUAUGUUUGGCAGUGAGGAGUAUUCGACAUAGCAGAAAGCAUUUCGUCACCAAAGAGGAGCAGUACGAAUAUCUUUUCAGAGCAUCGCUGACGUUCAUCAAUGGAUUCCAGAGUUACGCAAAUUUCGAUUAGUUUAGCGAAAUAUGAUUUUUUCUGUGCCUGGAUUUAUCAGAAUUUUAAUAUUGCUUCCUGUAAAACACAACUGAGUAGUCAACAUAUCUACUUGUAUAUUAAUUUGAGUAUUAUAAUUUCAAUAUUGCUUCCUGGAAAACACAACUGAGUAGUAAACAUAUCUACUUGCA